CAUGACAGUAAUUCCUUCAUUUGACGUUUGUGAGAAAUUCUAUUCUCUUACUAAAAAAUCGGUUUUCGUGUUUUUCUAUUGUGUAAAGCGUGUUUUGAUAAAUAAUGUGCACAAAUUACUAUUUAAAUUGUAUUAUUUGUAUAAUUCAAUUAUAGUGUAAAAAAACCUUACUACCCAUAAUAAUAAUGCACUGCAAUAUUUCCACUUUGUGAGAGAUAAACAUAAGAAAAAAAUUAUAAAUAUGAGCAAUAGUACUACACAAAUUAUGGAAGAGACUGUAAGUGAGACAACAUCGGACACUGCUCCGCUAGUGAGCAGUGAAGUUCCCAGCAGCUCUAACUAUACUCAACUGAACCACACAAGUGAUAUUCAGGAAACUGUGGAAGAUGAACUGCAAGGUAGUCAUGGUGUUAGGAGAAGACAACCAAUACAGAAAAUUGAACCUGGCUCUAUGAACACCCUGUCAGCCAAAUAUGAGAGUUUAGAUUAUGACACAUGUGAAAACCACUUACUGCUGGACGAAGAACGGAAAAGAGGCUACGCAUUUAUUGUAUGGAAGGAUAUAGCAAGAUGGGUUAUUGUUCUACUUAUCGGAGUUAUCACAGCUCUCAUAGCUUUUAUAAUAGACAUAUGCAUAGAGGAGUUCUCAAAAAUAAAAUACAAACAGCUGAAGAAAUCUGUUGACACAUAUGUAAUGUUAGAUAAAUUAUACAUUCCAUACCUUCUGUGGGUGUUAUCUAAUAUUUGUGUUGUGUUCAUUGGAUCCAUGUUAGUAGCAUAUGUUGAGCCCGUAGCAGCUGGUAGUGGUAUUCCCCAAGUAAAAUGUUACCUGAAUGGAGUCAAAGUGUCUCGAGUGGUGAGGAUCAAAACCCUCUUCGUCAAGGCGGUUGGUGUUAUAACCGCCGUAGUUGGCGGGCUAGCUGGAGGAAAGGAAGGUCCUAUGAUACACAGCGGGGCCGUGGUGGCGGCGGGCAUAUCGCAAGGCAAGAGCACCACCUUCAACAAGGACUUCAAGAUAUUCCAGUACUUCAGGGAGGACCACGAGAAACGGGACUUCGUGUCCGGUGGCGCGGCUGCCGGCGUCUCUGCGGCUUUUGGCGCUCCCAUAGGUGGAGUGCUAUUUUCAUUAGAGGAAGGCACAAGUUUCUGGAAUCAAGGUCUAACAUGGAGGACGUUCUUCGGAACAGUUGUGUCGACGUUCACGCUCAAUAUUGCGCUUUCAGCGUAUCACGGACAUCCUGGAGAGUUGAGCUAUCCAGGAUUACUGAAUCUCGGCAAAAUGGAACCAUUCCCGUUCCAGUUCUACGAGCUGCCAGUGUUCAUGUUCUUUGGAAUGGUCGGCGGCGUUCUAGGCGCUCUGUGGAAUUACAUCAACUACAGAUUGUCCGUGUUUCGUAUAAGAUACAUAAGGUCACCAUGGUUACGCGUGGUGGAGGCGUGCCUGGUGGCGGCCGUGACGGCGACCUGCGGGUUCCUCAUGAUGUUCGUGUUGGACGACUGCCGCCCGUUGGGGGAGGACCCUACUAAAGUACCAUUGCAGCUUUUCUGCGCGGACGGCGAAUACAACACAAUGGCGGCGAUAUGGUUCCAAACGCCCGAGGCGUCAGUGCGGUCGUUUCUACACGACCCGAUGGGCUCGUACAAGCCCUUGUCGCUGCUGGUGUUCGUGAUAUGCUACUUCUUGUUGUCCACUUGGACCUUCGGCCUGGCCGUGUCCAGUGGACUGUUCAUACCGAACUUGCUGACGGGCGCCGCAUGGGGCAGAAUGCUUGCGAUACUGAUACAAUAUAUGCUGCCUUCUAAUACUGUAAACCCAGCGAAAUACGCGCUUGUCGGCGCAGCGGCGCAACUUGGCGGCGUGGUGAGGAUGACGAUAUCGCUCACUGUUAUCAUCAUUGAAACCACGGGGCAGAUCUCCAACGCGUUGCCCAUCAUCAUCACCUUGGUCGUAGCCAAGUGGACAGGGGAUUUCUUCAAUGAGGGUAUAUAUGACAUCCACAUCCAGCUGGCCGGCGUCCCGCUACUCCCCUGGGAGCCUCCGCCGCUGGCGCACAACAUCUACGCGUCCGAGGUGAUGUCGCACCCCGUCUUCACUCUGCGCACCGUCGAGAACGUCGGCCACAUUGUGGAACUUCUGCGGGUGGUCUCGUACAAUGGCUUCCCUGUGGUCGACCCGCCGUUAGCUGACGAUGCUGAAGUGACCACAUACAAGAGGCUAAGAGGUAUGAUACUGCGGUCUCAGCUGAUAGUCCUGCUACAGAACAAGAUAUACAACGAGAACGCCAACACAACAUGGUCCAACUUCAAUGUCGACAUGAACAUGUUCAGAAAGGAGUAUCCCAGAUAUCCGUCUAUAGAGGAGUUGGAAAUAUCAGAUUGGGAGAAGACAUGUACGAUAGAUCUGCGGCCGUUCAUGAACCCGUCGCCCUACACGCUGCCGCACCGCGCGUCGCUGCCGCGGCUCUUCCGCCUGUUCCGCGCGCUCGGCUUGCGGCACCUGCCCAUCGUCAACGAUCUCAACGAGGUUGUUGGGAUGGUAACUCGCAAGGACAUUGCGAGGUAUAGGGUAUGGAGACAUAGAGGCCAUAUGGGUAUGGAGGAACUGCUCCUGUCUAGUGAAAUUUAGAAUUAAUUAAAACACAUGACACUACUCGUAGAACAUAAAUCUGGGUAUAUACACUUGGUCACAUCAUAGCGCAAUUGUUUUUUAAUGUUUUAUGUAAAUGUAUGAAUUAUAUAAAAUAUUCUUAAGAAGAUAUAUUAUUCAAAGGAAACUAGAUUUUUAAUUUCAAACCUCAAACUUAAUAUUUCAGAGGGUAGUUUGAAAAUCAAGAGAAUAAGAGGUUCAGCCACACAUAGUGUGCUUUAUAUGUACUUGCUCUCAACAAAAAAAGUUUCGCUUAGUUAAAGAUUUAUUAGCCAUACUCUUCAUUAUUUUCAUCAAGAAUCUAUAUAUAUAAAAAUGAAUUGCUGUUCGUUAGCCUCGCUAAAACUCGAGAACGGCUUAACGGAUUUAUCUUAUCUUGGUCUUGAAAUGUUCGUGGAGGUAUAGGGAAGGUUUAAAAGGUGAGAAAAAAUCAAAUAAUAUCCGGGAAAACCCUAAAAACUGCCCUUUUCUAUUUGCCAUACAAACGUUUAAGAGUCAAGCGGUAGGGGUAGGGUAGGGGUAGGGUAAGGGUAGGGUAGGGGUAGGGUAGGGGUAUGGUAGGGGUAGGGUAGGGGUAGCGUAGGGGUAGCGUAGGGGUAGCCCAGGGGUAGCGUAGGGGUAGCGUAGGAGUGGGGUAGGGUAGGGUAGGGGUAGAGGUAUAGAAGGGUAGAGUAGGGAUAGAGAAUAAGUGCACUUAUGUCAAAACGAAGCUUGACCGGGUCUGCUAGUUAAAGGAUAAAUUUAUAUGCAGUACCAGACCUGAUCUGAUCAUACUGAUAUUAUUGUAAGUCAUAAUUACAUUAAAGACGUUCCUUUGUAGGUUAAUGUACAUUUUUUUUACUUAUCUAUUAUUAAUUAUUAUUAAUUUUGUUUAUCAUUGUAACCCAAACAGAAAUAACAAAUGCUUUUUUAGAUAAGUUAACGUUAUUUUUAUAAAUAUGUUGCGUUUUUAAAUUAAAUCUAGUUUGUAAUUUUACAUAGUUUUUGAUAGUAGUUGUUUGUAUAAUUAUAAUUUAAGUACUUACUAUAAUUUUAUUCUGAACUGUAUGGUAAGCCACAAUCACACUGAUAUUAAAAAAAAGAGAAACUUCUUUCAAUAAUAAAAUAAUACAUAAAAGCUCAGACUAAUUACAAAAGGACCUGACCUGCUAGAUGUUACCCCUCUGUCAAAGAUCAAUAAUCAACAAUGUAACGUGUUUAUAAAAACUGUUGUUAAAGAAUCGAUGUUUCAUUGUUGUGAUCGUUUUCAUUGUGUAAAGAGCUCCCUAAAAAUGCCGAAUUCUGUAGUUAAAUUGCAUAAAAAGCGGUCAACAACUUCUAGUUUACUAAAAGAUAAAGUUACGUUUAAUUUGUAAGUAUUUCUAAGUUGCUUAUAUCAAAUUUGUAAUAAAAACAAUAAUUUAAAGAAUAAAUACUUCAGCCGGAACAGCAAAACAUUAAUCAAGUAAUCGAAUAUUCUGUGUAACAAGCUUAUGCACAGUGCACUUAAGUCUCUGUUUAACACCAAUAAAUGUACUGUGUGUUGAGAAAAGGACACACAAUACAUUUGUUGGUGUUAAAUUUUUUCGAUGUGUGAGUCUAAGAGUUUCUCCCCCUCAAGCAACAUCAGAUAAUUUUGUUGGUGAUUUAGAGUGUGAUACCGGUCCAUUUGUAAUUGAUCUGAGCAUGAAAGAGAAACUUGAAAAUUAGUAGCAGUUAUCAGCGCCAUCUCUCGUGACGGAUUUGCUUUACUUCAGAAGCUUCUACUAGAUAGUUUUUAAUUAUGCUAUUAAAAGAUUGAACAGAUUUGGCGCUACUUGUGUACCACUUGUGUACUUGUGUGUGUUUCUUGUUGUAUGGUGUAGCAGUGUUACUUACUACAGAUGACACUUCACUGGAUAUCAUUUCGAUUACACUUUUGGUAACACAUUUACUAUAGCUUGGCAAGUUCGUUCGUAACACUCCCGAUGGUUCGCGCGGGCCGGGGGACGUAUAGCGAUGAAUGAAAAACUCACGACUGAUGCACCUCACUUUCCCGAACGCAAGAUUUCACACCGCGCAGUUUUUCCCCCCGUCGCCCGCAUAUCAUGGGAGUGUCAUCAACAAACUUGCCAAGCUAUACUUACUCCACAACUCAAGCGUGUGAAGUUUUACUUUUAAACGUGAAAGUUUGUCCAAGUGUGUAUGUUUGUAAUAAAUCAGUUAUUAUAUAGAUUUCUUAUUUCAAUCACAGAUUAAAGAAUUAUAGUCAGAUAGAGCGCACGGAACGUGGCAGUGAUGCAGCCAUUCCAAAUACAAAUUCAAAACAAAUACAUUCUUGACUCAGUACAGCACAAAGCGUCGCAUUAGUAAUUUUCAAUAAUAUCCAAGAAAAAUGGUGUCUUAUGUUUUUCGAUAUUUUAAAAACUGUUCAGAAAACCUAAAAAAUGAGAUGGAGUAUUUUUUUAUAGGUACGAGUAGUUAUUGAUUUUUAUUAGUCUAGAUAUUAAUAUUUUUAGUGAAAUAUAAAUCAUGAAAAAAAUUUGUAUAAGGUAGAUAGCAACAUUAUGCAGAUGUCAAGGUGACACAUGUGUGAAAUUUAUUUUUAAUGUGUUUUACCGGCUUCAUUGUGCGACUUGUAAAGACUCAUUCUGUACGAUUCUCUGUUCUGUGAUUUCAAUGAAGAAUUUUUUUAUAUUUUCGUUUUGGCUAUUAUACCAAAAUAUACUUGGACACUUGAGGAUCUGUAUUGUUUCUAAAGCCAACUUGUUACAAUAGUUGCUUAUGCUUAGCUUCUGUAUUUUAGUUGAGUACAAACAAUUUUUGGAUUUACCGCCCAAAAAUUGUUCAUACUCGACUAAAUACUAAAGUAGUCUGAUCUAGGCCUUAUCAAAUUUACCUAUAGACUAACACUAUCAGCUUAUUUAACAUGGCAAAGGUAUGGCCAUCACAGACUGUUUCUAUAAAUUGAAUUCCUAAAAGUGUUAUCAAAGAAAAUAGAAAGUUUUAUGAAGUUAAAGUUAUACUAGCUAUAUAAUUCUUAGUAUUUUUGCAGUACAAAUAUUUGUCUAUUAAAAACACUUACAUCUUUUACAUUUCUGAAUAAUGGCUCAUAUUAUUUGUAAGUGUUAUUUAUUAUAGAAUAGAGGGAAAUGAUAUUGAUUAAAACCAAAGUUGUCUUUUUAUUUUACAUAUAUUAAUGUCAUAAAAUAUAUUUUCAGUUUUAUAAAAACAAA